ACGCUGCGAUAUAGAGUCAGUUGUCCGACAACCACUGAGCAAUUAACACGCAGUUCUAGUUUUGCGUUUUAGAUAUUUAACCCUCUAUUCCUUAUCCGGAAAACUAAGAUCAGAACAAAAUGCUGCGCGUUUUGAAGACCGGUGCCUUGCUGCGAGCCCAGACCAAGAACUUUGCAGCUGCUGUUGCCCACUAUUCCGCCCUCCCAGAGCCACAGACCUCGCCCGAAAUUCUCUACACCGGGCUGUUCAUCAACAAUGAGUGGCACAAGAGCAAGUCGGGCAAAACUUUUCCCACCGUCAACCCAACCACAGAGGAAACCAUCGCCGAAAUCCAGGGCGGUGAUAAGGAAGAUAUCGAUAUUGCCGUGAAAGCUGCCCGCUGUGCAUUCAAGUUGGGAUCCCCAUGGCGCCGUAUGGAUGCCUCGGACCGUGGUCGUCUGCUCUACCGCCUGGCCGAUCUCAUGGAACGCGAUCAGGUUUACCUGGCCAGCUUGGAGACCCUGGACAAUGGCAAACCAUACAGCAUAUCCUACAACGUGGAUCUCCCGACUGCGAUUAAGAACCUGCGCUACUUUGCUGGAUGGGCGGAUAAGAACCACGGCAAGACUAUUCCCAUGGAUGGAGAAUUCUUUACCUACACUCGCCAUGAGCCUGUUGGUGUUUGUGGACAGAUCAUUCCCUGGAACUUCCCCAUUCUGAUGAUGGCCUGGAAACUGGGCCCAGCUCUGGCCACCGGCAACACCAUUGUGCUUAAGCCCGCAGAGCAGACCAGUUUGACUGCUCUAUACAUUGCUCAGUUGGUGAAGGAGGCUGGAUUCCCAGAGGGUGUGGUCAACGUGGUGCCCGGAUUCGGAGGAGCUGGUGCUGCUUUGGCUAACCACUGUGAUGUGGAUAAGGUGGCCUUCACCGGAUCCACUGAAGUGGGCAAGCUCAUUCAAUUGGCUUCGGGAAAUACCAACCUGAAGCGGGUGACUUUGGAGUUGGGUGGUAAGUCGCCUAACAUUAUCCUUGCUGAUUCCGAUUUGGACUACGCCGUGGAGACUGCUCACUUUGGUCUGUUCUUCAACAUGGGUCAAUGCUGCUGUGCUGGAUCUCGUACUUUCGUGGAGGACAAAAUCUACGAUGAGUUCGUUGAGCGCAGCGCUGAGCGUGCUAAGAAGCGCACUGUGGGCAACCCCUUCGAUCUGAACAUCGAACAGGGUCCCCAGGUGAACGAGGAGCAGAUGGAAAAAAUUCUCUGUAUGAUUGAAACCGGCAAGAAGCAGGGUGCCAAACUGGUUGCCGGUGGCAAUCGUCCAGAGGGUCUUCCCGGCUACUUUGUCCAGCCAACAGUGUUUGCCAAUGUUGAGGACGACAUGACCAUUGCCAAGGAGGAGAUCUUCGGACCCGUUCAGCAGCUGAUCCGCUUCAAGAAGCUGGAUGAGGUUAUCGAGCGAGCCAACAACUCAGAUUAUGGAUUGGCUGCUGGCAUUUUCACUAAGGAUCUGGAUAAGGCCAACUACAUUGUUGGCGGUCUUCGUGCCGGAACCGUGUGGGUAAACACUUACAAUGCCCUCGCUGCCCAAGCUCCAUUUGGUGGCUACAAGAUGUCUGGCCAUGGCCGCGAGAACGGAGAGUACGCCCUGUCCAACUACACGGAGGUCAAGAGCGUCAUCGUCAAGGUGCCCCAGAAGAACUCCUAAGAAGGAUGCGUUAUUUCCUCCACGAGGGAAUGGUUAAAAUGGUUCGCCCUGUUUAGAUGCUCUAAAUACCGGCAGUAAUCUUUUACUUUACACCUACGAUCUACAUCUCCUUAUGCACAUAGGUAUAAAUACAUUUGUUGGAUAUAA